AUGAGCACCAGCGAAACCCCUAGAGAGUCGAUAUCAGUGGAGGACGAGAUCCAAGCAGCCAAAUCUAAAAUAAUAUCCAUGAUAUCGAUAUACAACAAAACGAUAGAAGAAAAAAAGAAAUAUGAAGAACGGACGGCAAUGGCGUACAGUCAAUUAGAAUUAGUAAAAAAAGAAUUAGAAUUGUGUAUAGAGAAAGAGGAAUCCCUUCAACGUGAGUUAGAAUCCGAGAAAAAGGAGCAUCAAAAAGCUAUUGAUGAACUUGAAUCACAUCAAAAUGAAGUUCAUUUUAUAACAGGGAAGUGUGUCGUUCAAAUAAAAGAUGGGAACAUUCAAGAUAUAGAAGUGACAACAGAUGAUCAUGUUGAGACAACACCCCCAUCAAAAAAAGAGAUGAACACCUCAUCAAAUCUAGUAGAAAAUAGUACCUCUCAAAAUCUCGAGAUAAAAACCGAAACGACAGCGGUCUCUUCAACUCCUAAACUCAUUCAUAGAAAUAUUAAACGACCAAUCCCAAUAAAAAAGACUGUAUUUGCUCUUGAGUCCGACGAACCAAGUCCCCUUCCUCUUCCAUCCAAUCCAGUGAUAUCAAAUGAUGAGAACCUUUCCACUCCAGAUAACACCCCUUUACAUCUUUUUAAUCAAACAACUUCUCAAGACAACCCUCUAACAAAGAAAUUACCAAAUUCAGUAUUUGCUCUUCAAGAACAGCCUCCCAAGAACACAAAUAUAACUUACAAAGAGACGCUUGCGACUAUUCUUAAAAUCGUGAUGGUGACUACCAUUGUUUGUCUAGUGUGGUUGUGCUAUGUAAUAAUUAUGGCCGAUUGA